AUGGGGAAGACAAAACCCUUGGAGGAGGCGGUGGAUAGAAAGAAGGAAAAGAAGAAAAAGAACAAAGGCGAUAAACAACUACAGCAGCAGCAAGAGCAGCAGCAGCCAGAGCAGCAGCAGCAGCAACAGUCAAAGUCGGCCGCUGAGAGCUCCCCAUACACUCCAGGGACUUUGGCCUCCCUUAUCCAAUCUGCAGCAGCAGCAGCAACAGCAGCAACAGCAGCAGAAAGCAGCAACGAGGAGUCCCCUAAUAUAAAUAAAAAGAAGAGGGAAAAGAAAGAAGAAGAAAAUGGGCAGAAAAAGAAGCAAAAGGUAAAUGCAGCAGCAGCAGCAGCAACAGCAGCAGCAGCAGCAGACGAAGAAGAAGAUGAAAAGCUGCAGCAAUUAAGGGCUCUCUUUGACAGACCCACCCAGCAGCAGCACUCCAUCUUCGCAACACCCCAUAGCAGCAGCAGCAGCAACAGCAGCAGCAGCAGCAGCAGCGGAGAUGCUGCGGCCCUGGCGGGUGGCCAAGGCGAGAAGCGGAGAAGCCUACGUGCUGGUGUAGCAGCAGCAGCAGCAGCUGCUGCUGCUGCAAAAGCAGCAGAAAAAGCAGAAUCAUCUACAUCCCCUGACAGUGAUCCAAAUACAUCAACAGAAGCAGCAGCAGAUGCAGCAGCAGCAGCAGCAGCAGCAGAAACAAGAGAAGAAAGGAAUAGUCGUACUUUAUUUGUUGGUAAUUUACCUCUUCGUGAUAAAUUUAAGCCAAUUGAGGUGUACAGACACCUCAAUAUACCGAAAACAGAAGUUGAAUCCGACUAUGAUUCACAGAAUGCUUAUAUUGUAUUAAAAAGCAAAGAAUUAUUGGAUAAUAUAUUAAAGCAAAAGGCAGCCCAUUCGGUGUUGCUGCUGCUGCUGCUGCUAUUUUUGUUAUAUUUAUUAUGA